CGCCGUGUAUAUACUCCGUAUAUACAUACACUCCCACAGCCUUUCUAUAUAUAUACCCUCCGUAUAUCCACACCCACCAUUUCUAUAUGGAUCUCCCUGACUACCAGCAAAAAAUGCAGAAAAUAAUGGACGAAGAUCGUUUCUUGAGCCCCAGCUUCAACAGCUGCUACUCUUCUGUUGCACUGGCCGGAAUCACCGAUAAUACCUCUGAUGAUCAUGGAUUUCCGCCGCCGCCGCCUGUUGGAUCUGUCGCGGCGGAGCACGGCGAGGAGGAGGAGGAAGAGGAAGAUGACGAUGAGGAUGAUUUUGAAUUCUCUUUUGUUCGGGAGAAUUUCGACGCUUUUCCCGGCGGAUUCGUAUACGACGGUCAAAUUGGUUCGGUAUUCCCCGUCUUCAACCGAGAUCUGUUGUUGGAUGAAGGUUUUCGGGAUCCAGAUCGAGGAGACGAAGGCAAGGCGCUCCGUGAGAGUUCCGCAGGGAUAUCGUCGUUGAAGAAUCUGUUCUUAGACGAGCAGCCGCAGUCGUCAUCGUCGUCGUCUGAUGCCGACGAACUGGACUGCGUGCCGCCGGGGACGUACUGCGUGUGGCGUCCGAAGAAGAUCGAUGAAUCGCCGUCUUCUAGCUUAGGCAAGAAGAGCAGUUCUACCGGAUCUCACUCAAUGCCGAGGAGGAUCCGAGACUUGUUGUGUCGGGUCAACAGUCACGGAAAUGACCGCUACGUGUUUUUGACUCCGAAAACGGGCGAAACCUCGAAGGCGGCAAACCGGCCCGGCGUAGAAACGGAGGCCGCCGGAAAAACACAAGCGAAGAAGAAGAAGAGCAAAUCCGCCGCGGCUGCGCCGCCGAUGGCCGCUCACGAGGCGUUUUACUUGAGGAGUAAAGCGGCAAAGGAAGGCGAGAAACGGAAAUCGUAUUUGCCGUACCGGCGGGAACUGGUCGGCUUCUUCGCUAACGUCAAGCCAGCGGCAUUCGGGAAGAUCUGAAUCCAUUAGAACUUCUAAUUUCUCUCUUUCUUAUUAGGAGUUGAUACAGAUCCAAAGAAUCUCAGGAAUCAUCUCUGCCAGAUUCAAAGGAUCACUGUAAAAACUGGCAAAACACCCCAUUGUGUCCAUAUAAUUCAAUUUUUGUUUGUAAUGUAAAUACGGAUUACGGAGUAAUUUUUUUAUUCAUAUAAUCAGAUAUACAUGUGUCGUUUUCCAGCUUGUUAUUGACUAUGCAAAUACUACUUUCCGUCCCAUUAAAAACUUUUGUCUCGG